AUGACGCAUGCCCGGAAGAAACAACUUUUCCUUCUGAAACAUCCAGCUGGUUCUGCUGGCCGAGCUUCAUCACCCACAGGCAGCAGGAGGAUGGACAGGACCAGCGCAGAGUGCGGAGAGCGGCGAGAUGGAGAUGCCACCGAGGCUCCCAACUGUCCCAGCGGCUUCGUGGGGCCCAACAAAAGUAAGACCCUGCAUGAGGUGCGAAAGACGUACCCGCUGCGGAGGAGGCUGCUGCCCUCUGUCAACAAGAAGACCUGCAAAGUGCUCCUCACCAGGCUGGAGGACGUGGCCGGAUCCCUGUCCAAACAGACCCAGAGCUGUAAAGCCAAGGACCUUCCCAGCUGGAUGGAGGGUUUGGGACCUGCUUUGUUCUCCGAACAAGUUCAGCCUGUGGGAGCAGGGAAGAGUGAUUCAUCUGGGGAAAAGUGCACAAUCACUUAUCCAGGGCCGGAGCAAGACCUGGAUCCUGCUCCGUCAGAGCCCCGGAAGCGCCGGCUGGCCUCGCUGAACGCCGAGGCUGUGAACAACCUGCUCUUUGAACGGGAUGAUGGCUUGUUGUCCAGCAGGCGAUUCCGGAGGGACUCCGUUAAAACCAGUGGAGACUGUGCUGGUAAGAGUUUGCAAUGCAAAGCUGGGGUCAGCUGGCCCACGCUGGAAAAACCGGCUGUGAAGGCAGGUAAAGGCAAACACCGGCAUGAGCCCAGUCAGAAAUGCAAUAGCUGUGACCAUUCGCUGGAUGAGGUCUUUGAUGAUGGGACAAAGAGGGAGGACGGUGCCAUCUCCCAUCAUCCCACCCCAAAGAGACUGGCCAGCCUGAAUGCUGUGGCCUUCCUGAAACUGACCCAUGAGAAAGACCAACCCCUGAAGCCCAGGAGUAAAUCGGAUGGAGAGGGCAAAUCCGAGAACCACUGUUCAAAAUCCACACUCAAAUGGGCUAAAGCCGGUAGGAAGAAUUGUGUCAAAUCCAAGAAGGAAUUGGCAAGCUUAAAACUGGAAGGUCAGCACAGCUGGCCAGGGCAUGCCCUGGGUGCUCUGGGAAAAGGGGAGCGGCGGGACUCCUCAAGGCUCUAUGGGACAGCAGAACCUGUCCCUUACGAGUCACUGUCCAGCUCCUACGCUAGCACCGAGGGUUUCUACCACAGACUGCCUUUGCUUAUGGGUGGACAAGCUUCCAUGAAGCCGGAAUAUGGAAGACCUGGAGAGAAAUCCCCAACCCCCAAACAGGAAUUUCAUCAGCCUUCCUUCCCCGUGCAGCAGUUCCCUCCUUUGCCAGUGCCCGGAAAUCACACGGAUUGUGGAUGUCUCUAUGAAUCCUCGGAUCUGACUCCCUUGAAUGGGUUUUAUGUUUAUUAUGGCCAAAGUGGAUACAGUGGCUACUCUCACUGCUCCAUUUACCCCAAGGAGGAGCUUUCGCAGCCUGCUACCUGCGAGGGGCUCUUGGUGUCACCGAGUUCCCUGCCGUCAGGUGCUCACUUCCAGCCGCUGCACUGGUGUAACUCUCCCUACUGCUGUGGAGAAGGGACGGCGCUGAACACUUACAGCCUCUGCGGGGUCGUGCACGUGCCCGAGGGCAGGAUCAGCAGCGUGCACGCAGGACGGAACAGCUACCCCUACAAAAUGCCUUUUGCAGCAGAAGGCUGCAAGUCUCUGGACCAGCUGAACCUCACAAUCCCUGUGGCAGGGCACCCCGCGUCACCUGCCCACCCGCUCUCAGGAUGCCCUGUACCCAGCGUGCCACCAGCUGCAGAACCCGUUCCUCAUCUGCAGACCCCUAACUCUGACCCUCAGACCAUGGCCCGAGAAUGUCCACAGAGCUCAAAGCCUCCCAGCGGCUCCAAAUCCGGGCUCCGGAAUACUCCGGGCUGUCUCCACGCCGCGGACAGCAAAGCAGCAGGAGGCCAUUCCCACCCAAAGCAGCAGCGCAUCAGCAGGAGAAGAGCUACCAACGGCUGGAUCCCCGUGGGCACAGCCUGUGAGAAGGCUGUCUAUGUGGUGAACGAACCCGAGCCGGCUGUUCGCAAGAGCUACCAGGCGGUGGAGAGAGACGGGGAGAUCAUCCGGGUGCGAGACACUGUCCUCUUGAAGUCAGGACCCCGGAAGAAGUCCAUGCCCUACGUGGCGAAGAUAUCGGCGCUGUGGGAAGACCCCAAGACAGGGGAGCUGAUGAUGAGCCUCCUGUGGUACUACAGACCAGAGCACACGCAGGGGGGCCGCAACCCCAGUAUGCACCAGAACGAGAUCUUCGCAUCCCGGCAUCAGGAUGAGAACAGCGUUGCCUGCAUCGAGGAGAAGUGCUACGUGCUGACCUUCGCAGAGUACUGCAGAUUUUGUGCCUUGGCAAAGCGUCGAGUCGAAGGGAUCCCGGGCAGUAAAACCAUCAUGGUCCCUCCCUCGGAGGAGUACUCCACCCCCCUGCACCGCAAGGUGCCCGAGGACACUGACCCCGAGCUGGUGUUCCUCUGCCGUCACGUCUACGACUUCAGACACGGGCGCAUCCUGAAGAACCCGCAGUAG